CUCCCACGAGCACAGGUGCAGCAGGUGGUGAGGCCAGCCCAGCCCCAGCAUGAGCUCCUAUGACCUCUCUGCGCCCUCUCCACCUCGCUGCAGCCCCCAGUUUCCCACCAUCGGCCAGGAGCCCCCUGAGAUGAACCUUUACUAUGAGAACUUCUUCCAUCCUCAGAGUGUGCCCAGCCCUCAACGGCCCCCCUCCUUCGAGGGUGGUGGAGAGUACGGGGCAGCCCCCAACCCAUAUCUCUGGCUCAACGGGCCAGCUAUGACCCCACCGCCUUACCUACCUGGCACCAAUGCCAGCCCUUUCCUGCCCCAGGCCUAUGGCAUGCAGAGGCAGCUGCUGCCCAGCGACCUGGGCUGGCUACCCAUACCCUCACAGGAGGAGCUGAUGAAGCUGGUACGGCCUCCAUACUCGUACUCGGCUCUGAUCGCUAUGGCCAUCCACGGGGCACCUGACCAGCGCCUCACGCUUAGCCAGAUCUACCAGUAUGUGGCCGACAACUUCCCUUUCUAUAACAAGAGCAAGGCCGGUUGGCAGAACUCCAUCCGCCACAACCUGUCCCUCAACGACUGCUUCAAGAAGGUACCACGAGACGAGGAUGACCCAGGCAAAGGGAAUUACUGGACUCUGGACCCCAACUGUGAGAAGAUGUUUGACAAUGGAAAUUUCCGCAGGAAGAGGAAGAGAAAAUCAGAUUCUUCCUCCAGCGCAGGGUCCUUGGCACCAGAGAAGACAGAGAACAGUCUCCUGACCAACAGCCCCAAGACCGCCGAGCCUCAGGAUAUCUCGGACAGUGCCUCACCAGGUACAACCAGCUCCCCAGAGAAACGGUCCUCCCCUGCUCCCUCAGGCACCCCGUGCCUCAACAGCUUCCUGUCUACCAUGACAGCCUAUGUGAGUGGAACAAGCCCCCUGGGCCGCUCUAUGGCCACACCAGGACUGAGCCCGGAGCCCACUGACAAGAUGGGGCAGAACUCACUGAGUUUCAACUCCUACACCCCCCUCACCAACCUCAGCAGCCACGGGGCUGGGAGCGAAUGGGCCAACCCAAUGCCCACCAACGCUCUGGGAUAUGGAGGCUCUGUUGUCAACCAGUUUGGUCCACACUUCUACAACAGCCUCAACACCAACAGUGUCCUCUACCCCAGGGAGGGCACCGAGGUCUAGGUAUGAAGCAGUUCCCAGGCCUCCUGGACAUGCCUGAGGAGGGAAGUAACUGAGGUUCUCCAGGCCAGCCCCCCACAGUGCCCCAGUAUCUGAGACAUUGAAGUUGACCAGACAUCAUGCAGAAGGCUCAGAAGAUUCCAUGCUUUCUAGAGUACCGGUGAAGCCUUCUGCUUAUCACACUGGCAUCUGCAAACAGACUUAACCAGCUGUGCGAUGGAAGGACUGGUACCUGGCCAGCAGUGAGAAGGUGGCCCCCGCGGAGCCCUUACUCUGGGCUGGGUGCUGUCAGACACGGGCUCUUUCAGGCAGGGCCACGCUGACUACACACAUUCACCCUGUGAGGUUGGUAUGAACCUCUCCGUUUGACAACUGAGGAAACUAAGGCUCAAGGAAAUUGAUUAAACUUUUCUAGGGUCAUAAACUAGGAAGUGACGGGGAUAGUUGUCAAAUCUUGGUCUGGUAAUUCCCAAAGACUAGAACAGGGGAAGCAGGCAUGGAGGAUUUGGUUGACAAGCUAAGGAAGGUGGGGGUGAGGAGCCGAUUAUGGUAAAUAGGUCAGCAUUCCCCCCACUGCCUUCUGUUCUCCCGUCAAAGUUCAGUACCAGCCUGAGCAUGACUCACCGUAGCCUGUCCAUACUCUCCUUGCCCCCCCUUUACUGGCUGACACUCCUUGGUCUACCACUCAAGGAGGGACACCAGUGGCAGGAUGCCCAGCCCAAGUGCCCCUGGAGGACAGUACGUCUAGCUGGCAUGAUGCAAGACAUCUCUUUCCCAGCUCCUCAGAGACGUUAAGCAGAGCCAAGGGUCAGUGAGAAGAGUUGUCUGUGCCCGCCAAAACCUCCAUCCCAGUCCUGCCUACCUGUGAACUCUUGUAAAGCUCAGUUUCCUGUGUGUGCAUCACGGCCCAGUGAGCGGAAGGGAGCUUGGGCUUCCAAGAGAAACAAGGCCAAAUACUCAGUGAAAGCACAUUGCUUUUUACAGCCCUGGAGAGGUGGAUAGGUGUCUGAGGAAACAGUGGCCUCAGGGGCUGGGUCCUCCGCCCGCCCUCACAGCACCCAGA